AUGCCUACACUCGAAGAAUCCAUGACCUCGGCACUCAAACGCCGAGCUCAAAAUUCCUCAUUGAGAAACUUAUCUUUACCAUCUACUACACCAACUACCACUGGCGUUACACCAAUCGAUUUCUCAUCUAAUGAUUUUCUCUCACUCUCAACAUCUCCAGUUCUACAUAAUGCAUAUCUUGCCUUACUUCGUACUCACUUCUCACCUCCCCCAUUUCAUAACUCAUCUCCAUCUACAACUUUAGCUCCGCCAACACUAGGCAGCACAGGUUCCCGCCUCCUAAGUGGCAAUUCACCCCUCGCUUUACAUCUCGAAGCUCAAAUAUCCACCUUCCAUCGCUCUCCGCAUCUCGAUUCAGGUGCUCUCCUCUUCAACUCAGGCUUUGAUGCCAAUUCCGCAUUUUUUGCUUGUAUUCCUCAAAAAGAAGAUGUCGUAGUUUACGAUGAGCAAAUCCAUGCUAGUGUGCACGAAGGGAUGAGAGGAUCACGUGCUAAGAGAUUUAUUGCUUUUAGACAUAAUGAUGUUGGAGAUUUGCGGAGGGUUUUGGAUAGCGUGAGACGGGAAGGGAUAGAGAGGAAUGUUAUUGUGGCGGUGGAAAGUUUGUAUAGUAUGGAUGGGGAUAUAUGUCCUCUGCGUGCGGUGGUUAAGGUUGUGGAGGAGAUUUUUGGAUUGGGUGGAAUGACUGAGGAAGGGAGAGGAUAUAUUGUGGUGGAUGAGGCACAUUCGACGGGGGUUUAUGGACCAGAGGGACGAGGACUGGUUUGCGAAUUGGGAUUGGAGGGGAAGAUUUUUGCGAGAUUGCAUACUUUUGGAAAGGCACUUGCGGGAAAUGGUGCUAUCAUUCUAACUACCUCCCUAACCCGCCACUAUCUCCUCAAUUACGCCCGUCCUCUCAUCUAUAGCACAUCGCUCUCCACCCCCUCUCUCCUCCUCAUCGCCGCCUCAUAUUCACUUUUCCUUUCCUCCAGCACCAACCCUCUACAAUCACAUCUCCGUUGUCUAUCCCAUCAUUUCACAUCUUUACUCUCACACCUCCCGCUAUCAUCCCACUUAAAACCGCAACCCCAAAAUCUCUCCCCAGAAACCGAGAAUCUGAACUGGACCCCUAUAUUUUCUCUUCAGACCCCUGAGCCAAAGAAACUAGCAACUUACUGUCAAAAGAUGGGGUAUAAUGUGAGGGCAAUAAUGAGUCCAACGGUUAAGAAAGGAAGGGAAAGGGUGAGGGUCUGUUUACAUGCUGGGAAUACAUUUGAAGAGAUUGAGGGAUUGGUGAGGUGUGUUAGGGAGUGGAUUGGGGUGAUGGAUAAGAGAGGAGAGGCUCAGAUUGGAGAUGUGGUGGAUAGAAAUGGUAGGGGGGAAUCUGAUGUGGGAGUUGGGGUUGAAGAGGAACAUAUCGCUGGUGUGGGGAUGAGCUUUAAGGGGAAGGGUAGAACGGAGAGAGCAAAGUUAUAG